AUGUCUGCAAACAUUCGAUCGGAGCGCCUGGCCAAGUAUUUUGCAGAGGUUGUCCAUGGAAAGCAAGAAGUCCAAGAUUUGAACGGUUUCAAGCGAUUUAUUGAAGCAACCCUGGACCAGAGUGAUCCCAGCAUCGUUGUUCAGCGAAUCAUCUCAAGCCAAAGUGCUCUAAAUGCGUUGCGAAAUGGACUGAGGUUCAACCUCACCCCGGUCUUCAUCAACGGGUACACCGCCAAGUUGAUUCAAUACCUGAACCACCGCGAAGUCAAGCUCCUUUGUAACGGCCAAUUUCUCGAGCAGCUUCUUCUAAUCAUUUUGGAGCCCCGUACACUCUGGGGCGCAUUUCUGGAGGCGUUCCGCACUCGGAAACUGGAAGAUCAUGCAAUCCAGGCUCUAUGCUGGCUGAUGACAGAGUUGCUCUCAUUGCCUCCCUCUUGCGGCGUGGAUGUUAGAGCCGAUGCUCAGACUGUUUUGGACGAUGGAUCGCUUUUCUCUUCCCCCUCGGUUGACAUACGAAAUUUGGCCCACAAGAUCAAAUAUCGCCUGGAGAUGAAAUCACAUGCAACCAUCCUCCAGCACUCUGAGAUCACUGCAGGUGGUCGGCAUGAUAAUGAUUUUGCUGAUUUUCGCUUGACGGCCAUCUUUCCUACGGCCGAUGAGAUGGGAUGUACGGAGAAACCGUUUUAUCGCCAUGCCGAAGACAUCGCGCAGCUGUCCAGGGACCAACGCAUUGCGGGCCACGUUGACAAUCAGUUUCGUCUUCUACGGGAAGAUAUGCUCUCGGAGCUCCGCGAUGACUUUCAAGUUGCAAAAGGCACAAAGAAGGGCCGACGGUCGGCUUUCCACUUAAGGAAUCUCUUUCUCGCUCAUGUCCGCUGCACUUCUGGAACCUCAAGCCGCCUUCGACCAUGUACUAUUGGUGUUACUGCCCAAUUUGGCCUUGAGAAACUCAAGAACCUCUCGGAAGCUGCCCGCAAGGACUUCUUAAUGAACACGCCUCAGUUUGUUAAGCACCGUGCCUUUGGUUGCUUGAUUAGAAACACAGAAAUUGUGGCUUUCGCUACAAUCGAAAAAGACAUCGACGAACUGGUAUCCGAUCCCCCAGUGGUUAUGCUGCGUAUUGCAGGCGAAGAGGCGCUCAAAAAGUCUCUACUUUAUCUGAAACUCUACCAUGACGUAGAGUUCUUGCUUGUUGAUACAGCAAUGUUUGCAUAUGAGCCAAUUUUGAAAUGCUUGCAGGAGAGGAUAGAGCUGCCUCUCACGGAAGAGUUGUUCCUUUACGAAAGAGACCAGCCGGUGAAGGAUUCAAGUCUAGUUCCUUGGAAUGUGGUCAACAAGCUGAAGGAAGAAUACGGAUGUAAUAUUCAGGGCACCCUUCAAACCUCAAUGCCAGUGACUCUGGACUCGUCGCAACUAGAUUCUCUGGUAGCCGGGUUGACACAGAGAGUGAGUCUUAUUCAAGGACCGCCAGGUACCGGCAAGUCAUUUAUAGGCGCCCUUCUCGCAAAGGCCCUACAUGGCAAUACGAAAGACAAAAUCUUGGUUAUGUGCUACACGAAUCAUGCGUUGGACCAGUUCCUGGAAGACUUACUAGACAUUGGUAUCGAUUCCUCUGCCAUCGUCAGACUCGGAUCCAAAUCGUCACAACGCACUGAGCCGCUUGGAUUGUUUAAGCAGCAAUCAUCCUACAGGAGGGACCACACCACUUGGAGCACCAUCAAUGCACUCGAAGCGGAAGGAAAUGAUCAAAAGGACAUUUUGGAUGAUUCCUUCCAAGCUUACAAGAAGCUUACAGCUGAUGCUGGGUCUAUUUUGGACUAUCUGGAGUUUGAAGAACCAGAGUACUUUGAAGCUCUGUCCAUACCAGAGGAUAAAAGCGGCAUGGUUAUGGUCACCAAGCGUGGAAGACCAACCAAAAGCUACCUUUAUGCACGAUGGGUCAACAAUCAAGACGCAGGAGUGUAUUCUAAUAUUCUUCCCGCUCAUUACCGCGAUAUCUGGAAACUGGAUAAGAAAAUACGGGAGGAGAAAGACAGGUCUUGGAAGAGAGCUCUGCUGAAUGAACAGGCGGAGUCUUUGAGCGUCAGCAUAGCAUUGUUUGACAAAUGCCAAAACCGACUGAGCGCUACCCUUGGUGAGAGAAACCGGGAAAUUUUGAAAUCAAAGCGAAUCAUCGGUUGUACCACUACAGCUGCGGCAAUGUAUUCGGAGGACAUUCGACAUGCUGCCCCUGGCAUCGUGCUUUUGGAAGAAGCGGGCGAGAUCCUUGAAUCCCACGUGCUCACCGCAAUGACACCAGAGACCAAGCAUUUGAUCUUGAUAGGAGAUCAUCAACAGCUACGACCGAAGAUCAACAGCUACAGCUUGAGCAUAGAGAAAGGAGAUGGUUAUGACCUAAACGUCUCCCUUUUCGAAAGACUCAUACAUGCCGGGUUUCCACAUACGACAUUGAGCAAGCAGCAUAGAAUGUGUCCCGAGAUCUCAAGUCUUGUACGCAAUCUCACCUAUCCUGCGCUGGAGGAUGACCAAAAGACCAAAGGCCGCCCUCAGCCAUUAGGACUGUGCGAUAGAGUGAUAUUUUUCCAUCAUCAAAAUCCCGAAGACAUUUUUGUCGAGGUCUCUGACCGACGUGAUGAGAACUCAAAAGGGAGCAGGAGGAAUUCUUUCGAGGCAGAAAUUGUCCUCAAGAUCGUGAAGUAUCUCGGACAGCAGGGAUAUGGAACAGACAAGUUGGUGGUGUUGACUCCGUAUUUGGGUCAGUUGAGUCUACUGAGGCAGACUCUAAGCAAACAGAACGAUCCGGUUCUGAAUGACCUCGAUUCCCACGACCUUGUCAAAGCUGGUCUUCUGUCGCAAGCUGGUGCUUCCCACUCUAAGCGUCAAAUCAAGCUGUCUACAAUUGAUAAUUUCCAAGGAGAAGAGAGUGAAAUAGUCAUAGCCUCACUCACUCGCAGCAACAAAACUGGCGAUAUAGGAUUCAUGGCAGCCCCCGAGCGCCUCAACGUCCUUCUUUCUCGGGCCCGAAAUGUCCUCAUUCUGGUGGGAAACUCGGAAACAUUCGUCUCUAGUCGAAAGGGUCAAAAGUACUGGAAGCCAUUCAUUGACCAACUGAAAACAGAGGGGCAUCUAUACGAUGGACUGCCCGUCCAAUGCGAACAACAUCCGCAGACAAAUGCCAUUCUCCGAACUGUGGAGGACUUCAAUAGAGAGUGCCCGGAUGGAGGAUGCUCUGCACCCUGUGGCGUGAAACUGAGUUGUGGAGUACACGAAUGCCCAUCAAAAUGUCAUCAGCUUGCGGACCAUUCGAAAAUGAAGUGCACAAAAAUGGUGAAAUGGAAGUGUCCCCGGGGCCAUAGCUUAUCCCUAUCCUGUUCCCAGGCCAAGGGUUCGUGUCGUUUCUGCAUCCAAGAAGAUCAGGUCAAAGAGCGCAAGCGCAAACGUGAUCUCGAGUUGGAGCGAGAACGACAGAGAAAGCAGAAUGAGUACGCCCAGCAGCUUGCAGAGGCUCAGGCGGAAGCUUCCCAUCUCAAGCGUCUGCGACGCGAUGAAUUCGAUGAUGCGGAGCGAGCGAGGGUUCUUGAACAACACCGCCAGGAAAUUGAGGAUCUGAAGAAUCCCCCGCGACCAGCAUCUCCUCAGCGGAAAUUGAGCUCUGGCACAAUUGCGAGCACACCCUCAACCAUCACGGAAGCAAGCUCGGAUUCCGGCGUUACAGUCACUCAAAGCCGCAGUGUUGAGCCUACAAGUCGACAGGUAUUGCCGCCACGAAAGAUAUCAGCGGCUAAAGCAGACUGGGACUAUCAAAAAAAGUUCCUGAACGCUCAAAGCCAGGAGAUUGACAAGUUAAUUGACAUGAUCGGACUUGAAUCAGUGAAAACAAAGUUCUUGUCUAUCAAAGCGAAAGUGGACGUUGCGGUCAGACAGAACAUCGAUUUGAGCAGUGAUCGGUAUGGAUCUGUAUUGAUUGGGAAUCCUGGUAGCGGAAAAACAACCGUUGCCCGUCUUUAUGCAAAGUUCCUAUCAUCCAUGGGGAUCAUUCCUGGCGACAAAUUCAUCGAGACAACCGGCUCCAGGCUUGCGAAUGAUGGUGUUUCGGGAUGUCAAAAGAUCAUCGAAACUCUCUUGAAAGAUGGCGGCGGUGCCAUAUUCAUUGAUGAAGCGUACCAACUCGUCGGCAGCAGCUUCGGUGGUACCCAGGUUCUGGACUUCCUCUUGGCCGAGGUUGAAAACCUCACGGGCAAAGUGGUCUUCAUUCUUGCGGGAUAUCAACGUCCGAUGGAGAAGUUCUUCGCGCACAAUCAAGGGCUGCUUAGUCGUUUCCCGCAUGAGCUCAAGUUUGAAGAUUUCGACGAUACGGAGUUGAUGCAGAUUUUGGUCGGAUGCAUUGAGAAGACCUACAGAAAGCAGAUGAAGGUCGAGGAUAACCUUGGAGGACUUUACUGUCGCAUUGUAGCUCGUCGAGUUGGCUGCGGACGUGGUCGUGAGGGCUUUGCCAAUGCGAGAGCCGUUGAGAAUGCCAUGGCCAAGAUUUCUGAGCGACAAGCUGCACGCCUCAGUCUAGAAAGACGGCAGGGUGGCAGCAAGAUUGAUGAUUUCUUCCUAAGCAAGGAAGACAUGAUCGGCCUAGAUCCAUCGCAGGCUUUGAAAUCAUCCAAUGCUUGGCAGAAGCUGCAGACUAUGAUUGGUUUGGAUUCUGUGAAGAAUACGGUGGAGGCCAUCUUGGACACCAUGCGCUACAACUACCAGCGUGAGCUAGAUGAGCAGCCCCUGGUUGCGUACAGUCUCAACAAAGUUUUCUUGGGAAACCCAGGGACGGGGAAAACUUCCAUCGCGAAGAUCUACGGUCAGAUACUUGUCGAUAUCGGGUUUUUGUCUAAUGGCGAAGUGGUGGUGAAGAACCCGUCAGAUUUUGUUGGUAGCGUGAUGGGAGAGUCCGAAAAGAAUACCAAAGGGAUACUCGCAUCUACAUUGGGAAAGGUUCUAGUUAUCGACGAGGCAUAUGGAAUGUUCUCUGGAGGUACCUCUGAUGGGGCAAGUUCUAAGAGUGACCCAUACAGAGCUGCCGUGAUCGACACCAUUGUGGCAGAAGUACAGAGCACACCUGGUGAUGAUAGGUGCGUCUUGCUUCUGGGUUACAAGGAUCUUAUGCAAGAGAUGUUCCAGAAGGUCAACCCUGGCCUCAGCCGACGCUUUCCAAUGGAGCAGGCAUUUGUCUUUGAAGACUUCACCUCAAAUGAAAUGGAUGCGAUCUUGAAUCUGAAACUGAAAGAACAAGGAUUUGGAAUAACUGAUCGUGGCCGGCGUGUGGUAUUGGAGAUGCUCGAGCGUGCUCGCAACCGUCCACAUUUUGGCAACGCAGGCGAGAUUGAUAAUCUACUCAACACUGCCAAGAUGCGGUAUCAAAAGCGGCUCUCUUCCACCAAACGCCCCGGUUCUGUUCCAGAUUCUAUUCUCGAUGCUCCUGAUUUCGAUGAAGAUUUUGAUCGCGCGGAUAAGAAGGAAAGCGUUGCGAAGAUGUUUGAAGGCGUCAUCGGAUGUGAGAGUAUCGUUGCCAAACUGGAAGGUUAUCGGCAAAUGGUUCAGAAACUCAGACUACUAGACUUGGAUCCUCGCGAGCAAUUGCCAUUUAACUUUGUUUUCCGUGGUCCUCCAGGUACGGGAAAGACAAGCACAGCCAGAAAGAUGGGUCAGGUCUACUAUGACAUGGGCAUGUUGGCUUCGAGUGAAGUGGUCGAAACUUCAGCGACGGACCUAGUGGGUCAAUAUGUAGGCCAGACAGGGCCGAAGACUCAGCAAGUCCUAGAACGCGGCCUUGGAAAGGUUUUGUUCAUUGACGAAGCCUAUCGGCUCGCUGAGGGACAUUUCGCGAAAGAGGCCAUGGAUGAGAUUGUCGACGGCAUUACCAAACCCAGGUUUGCUCAGAAGCUGAUCAUUAUUCUAGCCGGUUAUGAUGCAGACAUCAACCGUCUCAUGUCAAUAAAUCCGGGGCUCACGAGUCGUUUCCCAGAGUCUCUUCAAUUUGACCCACUGUCCUCAGCAGACUGCAUCAAGUUAAUUUGCGAGCUCUUGUUGAAAGAGAAAAGAGAUCUCUUGACCAAAUCCCAGGCCCAAUUCGACUUGGUCUGCUUGGAGAGCCCAGACUUCGAGUUUAUGAAGGCAAUGUCGCAGCGCUUUGACAGACUUUCGAAAACUGCAGGCUGGGCAAAUGCACGAGAUGUUGGAACCCUCACGAAGACAAUCUUUGGCAAAUCUCUUCAGUCAUCCAGCGGAAAGAAGCUCGUACUAAGCAAAGACACGGUGAUUGAAGCCCUUGACUCAAUGAUCAAUGAGCGGUCCAGCAGGGAAGUCUACCCGCAAAACCCUCCAUCAACUGUAACGGACCUAGCUAUACGCACUCAACAUUUGAGUAAGCCUGUUACCAAGCUGGAGAAUCAAGGCUCAGUCGACAAGGACAUGGCCUCUGGCAAGGAACCAGACACGAUGGAGCCUAAAACAGACACAUGCACUGCCACCACGAAGCGAGAUGCUGGUGUCACAGACGAAGUGUGGCAUCAACUUGAGAAAGACCAAGCUCUGGCAGAAGCCAAUGAAAAAGAAUACCUGCGUUUGAAAGAGGAAGAAGAGAAGCAAAAUAAGAAGACAUUGAAAUUGAAGGCGGAGGAGGAAAAGGCAUCACGGGAGCUGGAAGCUGCAAAAAGGAAAGCAGACGAAGACGCGAAAAGACGCCACGAACAAGCCCGACUGCAGCAUGAGUUGGAGCGCAAGAGACAGGAAGCAAUUUUGGAGAAACUCCGCAAGCAGCAAGAGGCUUUGGCUGAGGCACGUCGUAAGGAACAAGCUAAUCAGAUGAAGCUGAGGUCCAUGGGAGUCUGUGUUGCUGGCUUUAUAUGGAUUAAACAAAGCGGCGGAUAUCGAUGUGCUGGUGGUUCGCAUUGGGUGUCGGAUGCUCAGCUCGGAAGUCCGUGA